AUGGCUGUUAACCACGGUUGCUCUGGGGCACGGGCCGGUGUCUUGUCAUCAUUUGCGGAGAGUUCUGUCUUCGGAUUGCCGAAUCUUCUGUGGAGCUCAUCCCGCUUCCUUCGAUUGCGGGCGUCUGCUUCAGAGAAGAAGAGCCUUGGGCUGACAGUCUCCAAUUCGAUCAUCAAGUCUACUUCGGAAUAUGAGAGACCUCACGUGAUCGUGACCGGUGGCAAUAGCGGUAUAGGAAAAUCAACGGCAUUGGAAUUGGCCAGGCAGGGAAUGGUGGUCACACUAGCGUGCAGGAAUCAGAAAGCUGGCAGCGAUGCUGCGGAAGAAAUUGCACGCGUUACCAACAACAAGAAUGUGAGGUCAAUGACUUUGGAUCUCGCCUCUCUCGACUCGGUGAGAAAAUUUGCAGCUGAGUACAAGGAUACAGGACUGCCUCUUAACGUCUUGGUGAACAAUGCUGGCAUAAUGGCAUGUCCGCAGUCAUACACCCAGGAUGGGUUCGAGUCUCAAUUCGGGAGUGCUUCAGAUAGAGCCAAGUCAAGAGUUGUGGUCGUAGCCUCUGCUGCUCACUACCUUGGAGACAUUGAUUUCAACGAUCUCAAUUACAGAAAAACACGAGGCAAGCAUGUGAACCAUCUCUUCAAAGCAAGUCUUACAGUAUUUCAGUCGCCAGAAACCUACAACAACUGGGGAGCCUACGCCCAGUCAAAACUUGCAAAUUGCCUCUUCUCCUUGGAGCUAGCAGAGCGGAGCAAGCGGUUGGGACUACCAGUCAUAUCAAAUUCUAUGCACCCUGGUGUCGUCGAUACACAGCUGAUUCGUUACGUGUUCCCACAAGGUCUUAGAAAAGAAGGUGCAUCUGAGUCGACCGGUUUGGACUUCUUGAGGCCGCUGAUCAUGAAAGUCUUCGGGCUUCGAACAGCUGAGGAAGGAGCGUCUACCGCCAUAUUCCUAGCAUCCUCGCCAGAAGCGACCAGAUCAGGCUUGUAUUAUGAAGACAGCAAACCCUUUAAUGUCGGUUUCAUUAAAAAAAGCGUGGACCAGCAGCUAGCCUCUCGCUUAUGGGAUGUCAGUGUGGAACUCACAGGGGCCGCCGAUGCUCUAGCUGCUCUGAGUCUGUGCAAAGAUUCUCCUCUUGUGAGGAAGUAA